AUGGCCUUGUCCCGCGCCGCCGAAUCAUUGGAAACGCUUGAGGCCCUGGAAGACCCCUUGAGCUCUUUCCAAGUGCCUGAAGCACUCUGCAACGCACUGACCAGCACUGGGGUCAGCAGCGUCCCCGACUUUGCCUUUGCUUACAACGACACAGCUGAGCUGAACCGCUUCUGCACAGCACCCUACGAACAGCUCUGGCAGGACCUUCAAGUGGACGCCCCGGCACAUAGCCCGGCCAUGGCGCGCCUGCGCCCCAUGUCAGCAGCCGCCGACAGCCAGCACACAACGGUGGAUACAAGCCCUGCCUCCGCACUGCCCCUCAACUCCUGGGCGGAGCACGCGCCUGGCCUCGACCAGGCAACAAUCGCUCAGCUCACCGCGGAUUUCAAAUCCAACUAUCCAGGAAAACACCUGGAUGGCGAUGCAAUGCCCAGCGUUCGCCUGCUUAGCAUUGUGCACAAGUGGUUUGCUCCAGGCAGCGCCAUCACGUGGGUGCCCUGGCAGCUAAGGCUCUCGCAGAAACAGUACCAAGAGAUCAUCGAGAGCAAAGCAACAAAAACGCUUCGCACUGAAGCACAGUUUUUAAGCACAGCCCUGUUUGACGAAACGCCAGAGAUGCCAGUCGAUCACCUGCGCCUGAGCUCCGCGUGGCUCGGCCGGACACAAACUGUGUUCCGCAAUGCGAUCGCCAUCUGCAAAGGAGCACACCUGGCACGGUUGAAAGCUUUCGACAAAAAGAUCCUCGAUUUGGCGACGCACUCGCCCACCGAUGCCUCGCUCCGCACCGUCACGACAGCUGAACUGGUCUCUGCGGACCGUCGCAUCUGGCAAGAGCUCGCACUGCUCCAAAGCCAGGGCUGGACCUUGGACGAUGCCCUGCAUGAGCUUACCACGGAGGGCAAAGAAAAGCCCAACAAAGGCGCAGGCAAAGGCGGCAAAGCACAGGGCACUUCACCAGGCAAGCGUCGCGAGCCCGGCGCUGGCACUGCAACGGAGGUCAAAACCGCCGACCUCAUUAAGGGCGCGGGGUGCGGCAUGGCAGCAGCCUUCGUGGAGCUGCGCAAAGCCUUGUGCGCGCGGGAGGCACAAACCUGUCCCUCGGACGCGGCCCCUCCGACGCCUUCUUGGGAGGAGGCCCUUCUUCAGGGCUUCCGCAGAGGCCUCGACAGACUGCGGUCAGAGUACGAGGCCUUCAAGCAGGAGAUCACCCGUCGCGUCAGCUCAUUGCACUAUGCUGUUUCUCGACAAGGUGAUCUGAACGACCAAGUUUGGGGAAGACUACGGGCCAUCAACCGCCGUCUCGAUGCCCUUGAGAACGAGCUCAUGCGUGUGCAUCAGGACAUCAACCAGAUCCUCGGGCACCUGGUGGGCGACAGAUGA